GGUUCUGCCCUAGAAGGAAUUGCCUCUUGCAGAUCCUAAUCAGUUGUAUCUACGAAUUAUUCAGCUUAUUUAUUUUAAUUUGCUUUAUGUAUAUGCAUGUGUGCCUGCUUGCCUGUGUACAUAAUGUGUGCAUAGGUACCUGCACACACCAAGAUGGAGCACUGGAUCCCCUAGAGCUGAAGUUACAGGCUUUGAUUGUGAGAGUUCUGGGAACAGAACGUGGGUCCUCUGAAAGAGCAGCAAGUACUCUUGACUUCUGAGCCAUCCAUCCCUUUAGCUCCUGAAUUCUGUUUGUUUUUGUUGUUGUUGUUGUUGCUGUUACUGUUUUUUUUUUAGUUUUUAAAUUUUAUGUGUGUGAGAGUUUGACAAGCAUGUGUGCAUGUAUACCACACACACGUUUGGUUUCUGCAGAGGUCAGAGGCAUCAGAUCCAUUGAAACAAGUUAGGGAUGAUUGUGAACUACUGUGUAGGAACCAAACCCAGGUCCUCUGCCAGAACAAUAAAUACUGCUGAGCCAUCUUGCCAGCCCUUCUCUAAAUUAUGUCCUUAAGGUUCUCUUAAAUGUUUUCUUGGAGCCUUAAAGAUGGAAAUGACAAGCACGUCCCUGAAACGUGGGUGCCUUGUUGUGGAAGAUAAUGACAGUGUGACCCCACACGACGAAACAAAGAAACAGAAGGUGUCCGAGGGCUGUCUGACCAGCAGUCAGGAUGGGGUAGAGAAUGACGGUCUACACCGCAGUGAGAACGAGCCUGGGCCUCCAGAAGCUGAAAGCACCGUGAAAGAUGACGAGAAUUCCAGCGCUCAGGUGCAAGAGGAAGAGGAGGAGGAGGAGGAAGAAGACGGCCUUUCAGAAGCAGGGGAAGAGGAAGAAGCAGAGAGUUUUGCAGACAUGAUGAAACAUGGGCUCACAGAACUUGAUGUGGGCAUCUGCAAGUUCGUGAGUUCCCAUCACGGCUUCUCGGGGAUCUUAAAAGAAAGAUACUCUGACUUUGUCGUUCACGAAAUCGGGAAAGAUGGACGGAUCAGCCAUUUGGAUGACUUAUCUGUUCCGGUGGAUGAAGAGGACCCUCCAGAAGACGCUCUCACUGUCUUGACAGCUGAGGACAGGCAGCAGUUGGAGGAGCUCCAGCUUUUCAAAAAUAAAGAAACCAGUGUUGCCAUCGAGGUCAUUGAGGACACCAAAGAGAAGCGAACAGUCAUCCAUCAAGCCAUUAAAUCUCUCUUCCCAGGACUAGAGACAAAGACAGAGGAUAGAGAGGGGCGGAAAUACAUCGUAGCCUACCAUGCAGCUGGCAAAAAGGCUUUGGCAAAUCCAAGAAAACAUUCUUGGCCAAAAUCCCGGGGAAGUUACUGCCAUUUUGUUCUCUACAAAGAAAACAAAGACACCAUGGAUGCCAUCAAUGUUCUAUCCAAGUACCUGCGGGUAAAGCCAAACAUAUUCUCCUAUAUGGGAACCAAAGACAAAAGGGCAAUCACAGUCCAGGAGAUUGCUGUUCUCAAAAUAAGUGCACAAAGACUUGCCCACCUCAAUAAGUGCCUGAUGAACUUGAAGCUCGGGAAUUUCAGCUAUCAGAAAACCCCUCUGAAGUUAGGAGCGCUCCAAGGAAACCACUUCACUGUUGUUCUCAGGAAUAUAACAGGAACUGAUGAGCAGGUGCAGCAAGCCAUGCAGUCUCUGAGGGAGACCGGCUUCAUUAACUACUAUGGCAUGCAAAGGUUCGGGACCACAGCUGUUCCAACGUACCAGGUUGGAAGAGCAAUUCUACAGAAUUCCUGGACAGAAGUCAUGGAUUUAAUACUGAAACCCCGUUCUGGAGCUGAGAAGGGUUACUUGGUGAAAUGCAGAGAAGAAUGGGCCAAGACCAAAGACCCAGCCUCUGCUCUCAAAAAGCUGCCCGUCAAAAGGUGUGUGGAAGGGCAGCUGCUCCGAGGACUUUCCAGAUAUGGAAUGAAGAAUAUAGUCUCUGCAUUUGGCAUAAUUCCAAGAAACAAUCGCUUAAUGUACAUCCACAGUUAUCAGAGCUACGUGUGGAACACCAUGGUGAGCAGAAGAAUUGAGGAGUACGGGCUGAGGCCUGUGCCCGGGGACCUUGUUCUCAAAGGAGCCACGCCCACCUACAUUGAGGAAGAUGACGUUGACAACUACUCCAUCCACGAUGUGGUGAUGCCUUUGCCUGGGUUUGAUGUUAUCUACCCCAAGCAUAAAAUCAGCGAGGCCUACAGGGAAAUGCUUGCUGCAGACAACCUUGAUAUUGACAACAUGAGACACACGAUUCGAGAUUACUCCUUAUCGGGGGCCUACCGAAGGAUCAUCAUCAGGCCUCAGAGCGUCAGCUGGGAAGUUGUUGCAUAUGAUGAUCCUAAAAUUCCACUUUUCAACACGGAUGUGGACAACCUCGAGGGGAAACCACCACCAGUGUUUGCUUCUGAAGGCAAAUACAGGGCUCUGAAGAUGGACUUUUCUCUUCCUCCUUCUACUUACGCCACCAUGGCCAUUCGAGAAGUGCUCAAAAUGGACACCAGCAUCAAGAACCAGACCCAGCUAAAUACGAGCUGGCUGCGAUGAACAGUGCAUCGCUCAGAGAGGGGAUGCAGACCUGCUUCUGACCUCCUAUUCUGGUCUUUUUUUAAGUGCUGACUCAUGUUUGGAGUUUAAAACUUUUGUAGUAAAGGAUGAUUUGUAUUUUGUAAAGUUUUUAAUCAGCUUAAAUACUUUGCAAUAUUUGUACACAUAUACAAGUCCUGAGGAUCCUAAUUUCAGCUCAGAGAUCGAAUUGGGUCAGCAUAUCCUGUAGGUGCUUAGAUUCUAGUACAGCAUCAGCUUCCUGCCUUUAACACAGGGAAGGGGGACUUGGUUUAAAGUUGCGGUUUUAGGUUUUGCUGCACACCUGAAGUACAAACCAGAAUCUUAGAUGUUUGUGAUGAGAUUACACAUGGUCCGUGUCAGAGCAAAUGCAGCAGACUGGAAACUAGAGACUGCACACUUAACACGCAGUUCCCGUGUUGGUUUCAAUAAUAACAAAACAUCCACGGGUUUAUAAACACGGCGUGGCUUUUGUUGAGUGACUGUGUUAGCUUCAGGUGAGCAUUUAUACACAUCUUAGCUUGCAGUGGCUUUUCUGGUUAGUCUAUCAGCAUCUUUCAGGGCACUCUUUUCCUUGAUAGGAGCCUGUAGCUUUUCUUGGGUACAGUCUGAUUUUACUCUGGGUGCCUCUUACUCUCAGAACCUUUUCACUGGACUCAGAAGUAAAUAGUGUGAGUUCCAGGACAGCCAGGGCUACACAGAGAAACCCUGUCUCGAACGCAAAAAAACAAACAAACAAAAGGUAAAUAGUGACCAUGAAGGAAAUCUGGGAAACUUAGAAUGGCUCCUGCAGCCGGGCGUGGUGGCCACGCCUUUAAUUCCAGCCCCCGGGAGGCAGAGGCAGGCGGAUUUCUGAGUUCAAGGCCAUCCUGGUCUACAGAGUGAGUUUCAGGACAGAGAAACCCUGUCUCAAAAAACCAAAAAAAAAAAAAGAAGAAGGGCUCCUACUUCCAUCUGCAGCGCUGACCCUCAGCCAGCAGCUGCUUAGGGGUUUCCAUCAUGGCAGUGCAGAAAACCCUCCUCUAAAAAGAUGGAUAUGCCUUUCAGACAGUGUGAGACAUGACUCUAGCCAGUUUUAUUUUCUGUUAUUUCUUAAAGCAAAUGUAAUAAAUAUUUUUAAGAACACAUUUUUUACUAAUUAUGUAAAUAAAUCAAAUAAAUAUUCUAAAACUGAGUGCAUGUAAAAAUCUUGUCCCUGGCUAACGGGCAACAAGGCGCUCGAUGAGUGGACAGUUGACAGUCGUCAGCAGAUGUGGCAUAGUGGCGUCUCUAUCAAGAUGGGCUGUGAGACUCAUACAGUAUCCACUGGGGUGACUGACUCAUGGCCUGGACUCAAGGUAAUUCCUCCCACGGUGUCGCUCCCUGGCCUCCCAGUGUGCUUUCUGGAGUGAAGAAGAUGCCUGGAGAGAGACAACAGCCAUUAAAGUAUAAUUGAGGGGGCUGAUGAGAUGGCUCAGUGGUUAAGAGCGCCAACUGCUCUUCCGAAGGUCCUGAGUUCAAAUCCCAGCAAUCACAUGUUGGCUCAUAACCAUCCGUAACGAAAUCUGAUGCUCUCUCUUUUGGAGUGUCUGAAGACAGCUACAGUGUACUUACAUAUAAUAAAUAAAUAAAUAAAUAAAUAAAUAAAUAAAUAAAUAAAUAAAUAAGGGGGAAAGUA